CAGGUGGAUGUGAUCUGCUGUAAAUCAGUAGGAACUGAUCUGUCCAUGCUGGAUAUUGAUAAUUUCAUCACAGGAAUCUCUCAGCUGAAGAAAGAGGUGACGUCACUGAAGACAAAACUGAUGGAGAGAGACGACAGGUUACAGGAGCUGGAAAAGGUUUCCUGUCAAUCUUCAGUGUGUGUGACUGAUGGGACCUCCACAGAAUGUCAGGAUUCAGUGUGGAGCGGCAGAGAUCAGUCCACACCACAGCGACUGCUGGACAAACUCUCUGAACAGAGAUCCAGAGACACACAGGACUCACAGCUCACUUUACUCUGUUCUACUGACGGUAAUCAGGGUGAUCAAACCCCCACAGAGUCUCUGACACCAGCGGAGAUUGAAGUGAAGCUGGAGGAGAUAAAAGAAGAGGAACAACAUAGUGAUGAAUAUGACGAUUAUGAUGAUGAUGAUGAUGACGAUGAUCAAACCUCCACAGAGUCUCUGACUUCUGUCUGUAAUGCUGGAGAACAGCAGAUGCUGCAGAUACCAGUGAAGAUGUGUUCAGUGAAGCUGCUGGACUGCAGGAACCUGAUGAAGAUGAGAGGAGAAAUCAAAGUAGAGGAACAACAGAGUAAUGAAGAUGAUGAUGAUCAAACCUCCACAGAGUCUCUUGCUUUUGUCUUUAACGCUGGAGAACAGCAGAUGCUGAUGACACCAGUGAAGAUCGAAGUAAAGCAGGAGGAGAUAAAAGAAGAAAACACAGCAGAGGAACAACAGAGAGAUGAUGAUUAUAUUUCUUCAGAGCUGAUGGAAGUGAAGGAGAAAUGUCAAGAACUGAAUAACAUGGAGAACAAACUUCAGUGUCAGAAACAUCAUGAUUUUAUAACUGGAGAAAAAUCUUUGAUUUGCUCAAAGACUAAGAAGAAUUUAACACCAGAAAAGCAUAAAAGAAGAGCAGCCAAAAAUACUUUCAACUGCUCACACUGUGAAAAGAGUUUCACUCAGUCACAAAACCUGAAAACACAUGAGAGAAUUCAUACUGGAGAAAAACCUUACAAGUGCUCACACUGUGGAAAAAGUUUCACUCGGUCACAAAGCCUGAAAACACACGAGAAAAUCCAUACUGGAGAAAAACCUUACAAGUGCUCACACUGUGAAAAGAGUUUCACUUGGUCACAACAACUGAAAACACAUGAGAGAAUGCAUACUGGAGAAAAACCUUACAAAUGCUCACACUGUGAGAAGAGUUUCACUCAGUCACAAAACCUGAAAACACAUGAGAGAAUUCAUACUGGAGAAAACCCUUACAAAUGCUCACACUGUGAAAAGAGUUUCACUCAGUCACAACAACUGAAAACACACGAGAGAAUGCAUACUGGAGAAAAACCUUACAAAUGCUCACACUGUGAAAAGAGUUUCACUCAGUCACAAAACCUGAAAACACAUGAGAGAAUUCAUACUGGAGAAAACCCUUACAAAUGCUCACACUGUGAAAAGAGUUUCACUUGGUCACAACAACUGAAAACACAUGAGAGAAUUCAUACUGGAGUAAACCCUUACAAAUGCUCACACUGUGAAAAGAGCUUCACUCAGUCACAACAACUGAAAACACACGAGAGAAUGCAUACUGGAGAAAAACCUUACAAGUGCUCACACUGUGAAAAGAGAUUCACUUGGUCACAAGACCUGAAAAAACAUGAGAGAAUUCAUACUGGAGAAAAACCUUACAAGUGCUCACACUGUGAAAAGAGUUUCACUCAGUCAAAACAACUGAAAACAUACGAGAGAAUUCAUACUGGAGAAAACCCUUACAAAUGCUCACACUGUGAAAAGAGUUUCACUCAGUCAAAACAACUGAAAACACAUGAGAGAAUUCAUACUGGAGAAAAACCUUACAAGUGCUCACACUGUGAAAAGAGUUUCAGUCUUUCACAAAACCUGAAAACACAUGAGAGAAUUCAUACUGGAGAAAAACCUUACAAGUGCUCACACUGUGAAAAGAGUUUCACUCAGUCACAAAACCUGAAAACACACGAGAAAAUCCAUACUGGAGAAAAACCUUACAAGUGCUCACACUGUGAAAAGAGAUUCACUUGGUCACAACAACUGAAAACACAUGAGAGAAUUCAUACUGGAGAAAAACCUUAUAAGUGCUCACACUGUGAAUAGAGUUUCAGUCUUUCACAAAACCUGAAAACUCAUGAGAAUAUUCAUACUGGAGAAAAACCUUACAAAUGCUCACACUGUGAAAAGAGUUUCACUUGGUCACAACACCUGAAAACACAUGAGAGAAUUCAUACUGGAGAAAAACCUUACAAUUGUUUAAAAUGUGGAAAGAUUUUCACAAAUAAAAGCCAGUUUAAUAAACACAUGAACGUUCAUACUGGAGAAAAACCUUACAAGUGCUCACGCUGUGGAAAAAGUUUCACUCGGUCACAAAGCCUGAAAACACACGAGAAAAUCCAUACUGGAGAAAAACCUUACAAGUGCUCACACUGUGGAAAAAGUUUCACUCGGUCACAAAACCUGAAAACUCAUGAGAAAAUUCAUACUGGAGAAAAACCUUACAAGUGCUCACGCUGUGAAAAGAGUUUCACCCAGUCAGAACACCUGAAAACACAUGAGAGAAUUCAUACUGGAGAAAAACCUUACAAGUGCUCACACUGUGAAACGAGUUUUACUCAGUCACAAAACCUGAUAAUACAUGAGAGAAUGCAUACUGGAGAAAAACCUUACAAGUGCUCACACUGUGAAAAGAGUUUCACUUGGUCACAACAACUGAAAACACAUGAGAGAAUGCAUACUGGAGAAAAACCUUACAAGUGCUCACACUGUGAAAAGAGAUUCACUUGGUCACAAGAACUGAAAACACACGAGAGAAUUCAUACUGGAGAAAAACCUUACAAGUGCUCACGCUGUGGAAAGAGUUUCACUCGGUCAGAUCACCUGAAAUCACAUGAGAGAAUUCAUACUGGAGAAAAAACGUACAAAUGCUCACACUGUGAAAAGAGAUUCACUUGGUCACAACAACUGAAAACACAUGAGAGAAUUCAUACUGGAGAAAACCCAUACAAAUGCUCACACUGUGAAAAGAGAUUCAAUUGGUCACAACAACUGAAAACACAUGAGAGAAUUCAUACUGGAGAAAACCUUUACAAAUGCUCACACUGUGAAAAGAGUUUCACUCAGUCACAACAACUGAAAACACAUGAAAGAAUGCAUACUGGAGAAAAACCUUUCAAGUGCUCACACUGUGAAAAGAGAUUCACUCAGUCACAACAACUGAAAACACAUGAGAGUAUUCAUACUGGAGAAAAACCUUACAUGUGCUCACACUGUGAAAAGAAAUUCACUUGGUCACAACAACUGAAAGCACAUGAGAGAAUUCAUACUGGAGAAAACCCUUACAAAUGCUCACACUGUGAAAAGAGUUUCACUCAGUCACAAAACCUGAAAACACAUGAGAGAAUUCAUACUGGAGAAAAACCUUACAAGUGCUCACACUGUGAAAAGAGUUUCACUCAGUCACAACAACUGAAAACUCAUGAGAGAAUGCAUACUGGAGAAAAACCUUACAAGUGCUCACACUGUGAAAAGAGAUUCACUUGGUCACAAGACCUGAAAAAACAUGAGAGAAUUCAUACUGGAGAAAAACCUUACAAGUGCUCACACUGUGAAAAGAGUUUCACUCAGUCAAAACAACUGAAAACACAUGAGAGAAUUCAUACUGGAGAAAACCCUUACAAAUGCUCACACUGUGAAAAGAGUUUCACUCAGUCACAACAACUGAAAACACAUGAGAGAAUUCAUACUGGAGAAAAACCUUACAAGUGCUCACACUGUGAAAAGAGUUUCAGUCUUUCACAAAACCUGAAAACACAUGAGAGAAUUCAUACUGGAGAAAAACCUUACAAGUGCUCUCACUGUGAAAAGAGUUUCACUCAGUCACAAAACCUGAAAACACAUGAGAAAAUCCAUACUGGAGAAAAACCUUACAAGUGCUCACACUGUGAAAAGAGAUUCACUUGGUCACAACAACUGAAAACACAUGAGAGAAUUCAUACUGGAGAAAAACCUUACAAGUGCUCACACUGUGAAUAGAGUUUCAGUCUUUCACAAAACCUGAAAACUCAUGAGAAAAUUCAUACUGGAGAAAAACCUUACAAGUGCUCACACUGUGAAAAGAGUUUCACUCAGUUACAACAACUGAAAUCACAUGAGAGAAUUCAUACUGGACAAAAACCUUACAAAUGCUCACACUGUGAAAAGAGAUUCACUUGGUCACAACAACUGAAAACACAUGAGAGAAUUCAUACUGGAGAAAACCCUUACAAAUGCUCACACUGUGAAAAGAGUUUCACUCAGUCACAACAACUGAAAACACAUGAGAGAAUUCAUACUGGAGAAAAACCUUACAAGUGCUCACACUGUGAAAAGAGUUUCAGUCUUUCACAAAACCUGAAAACACAUGAGAGAAUUCAUACUGGAGAAAAACCUUACAAGUGCUCUCACUGUGAAAAGAGUUUCACUCAGUCACAAAACCUGAAAACACACGAGAAAAUCCAUACUGGAGAAAAACCUUACAAGUGCUCACACUGUGAAAAGAGAUUCACUUGGUCACAACAACUGAAAACACAUGAGAGAAUUCAUACUGGACAAAAACCUUACAAAUGCUCACACUGUGAAAAGAGAUUCACUUGGUCACAACAACUGAAAACACAUGAGAGAAUUCAUACUGGAGAAAACCCUUACAAGUGCUCACACUGUGAAAAGAGUUUCACUCAGUCACAACAACUGAAAACACAUGAGAGAAUGCAUACUGGAGAAAAACCUUACAAGUGCUCACACUGUGAAAAGAGAUUCACUUGGUCACAAGACCUGAAAAAACAUGAGAGAAUUCAUACUGGAGAAAAACCUUACAAGUGCUCACACUGUGAAAAGAGAUUCACUUGGUCACAACAACUGAAAACACAUGAGAGAAUUCAUACUGGAGAAAACCCUUACAAAUGCUCACACUGUGAAAAGAGUUUCACUCAGUCACAACAACUGAAAACGCAUGAGAGAAUUCAUACUGGAGAAAAACCUUACAAGUGCUCACUCUGUGAAAAGAGUUUCAGUCUUUCACAAAACCUGAAAACACAUGAGAGAAUUCAUACUGGAGAAAAACCUUACAAGUGCUCUCACUGUGAAAAGAGUUUCACUCAGUCACAAAACCUGAAAACACACGAGAAAAUCCAUACUGGAGAAAAACCUUACAAGUGCUCACACUGUGAAAAGAGAUUCACUUGGUCACAACAACUGAAAACACAUGAGAGAAUUCAUACUGGAGAAAACCCUUACAAAUGCUCACACUGUGAAAAGAGAUUCAAUUGGUCACAACAACUGAAAACACAUGAGAGAAUUCAUACUGGAGAAAAACCUUACAAGUGCUCACACUGUGAAAAGAGAUUCACUUGGUCACAAGACCUGAAAAAACAUGAGAGAAUUCAUACUGGAGAAAAACCUUACAAGUGCUCACACUGUGAAAAGAGUUUCACUCAGUCACAACAACUGAAAACACAUGAGAGAAUUCAUACUGGAGAAAAACCUUACAAGUGCUCACACUGUGAAAAGAGUUUCACUCAGUCACAACAACUGAAAACACACGAGAGAAUUCAUACUGGAGAAAACCCUUACAAAUGCUCACACUGUGAAAAGACAUUCACUUGGUCACAAGACCUGAAAUCACAUGAGAGAAUGCAUACUGGAGAAAAACCUUACAAGUGCUCACACUGUGAAAAGAGAUUCACUUGGUCACAAGACCUGAAAGAACAUGAGAGAAUUCAUACUGGAGAAAAACCUUACAAGUGCUCACACUGUGAAAAGACAUUCACUUGGUCACAAGACCUGAAAAAACAUGAGAGAAUUCAUACUGGAGAAAAACCUUACAAGUGCUCACACUGUGAAAAGACAUUCACUUGGUCACAAUACCUGAAAUCACAUGAGAGAAUGCAUACUGGAGAAAAACCUUACAAGUGCUCACACUGUGAAAAGAGAUUCACUUGGUCACAAGACCUGAAAGAACAUGAGAGAAUUCAUACUGGAGAAAAACCUUACAAGUGCUCACACUGUGAAAAGAGUUUCACUCAGUCACAACAACUGAAAACACAUUAGAGAAUUCAUACUGGAGAAAAACCUUACAAGUGCUCACACUGUGAAAAGAGUUUCACUCAGUCACAAAACCUGAAAAUACAUGAGAGAAUUCAUACUGGAGAAAAACCUUACAAGUGCUCACACUGUGAAAAGAGUUUCACUCAGUCACAAAACCUGAAAACACAUGAGAGAAUUCAUACUGGAGAAAAACCUUACAAGUGCUCACACUGUGAAAAGAGUUUCACUCAGUCACAAAACCUGAAAAUACAUGAGAGAAUUCAUACUGGAGAGAAACCUUACAAGUGCUCACACUGUGAAAAGAGAUUCACUUGGUCACAACAACUGAAAACACAUGAGAGAAUUCAUACUGGAGAAAAACCUUACAAGUGCUCUCACUGUGAAAAGAGUUUCACUCAGUCACAAAACCUGAAAACACACGAGAAAAUCCAUACUGGAGAAAAACCUUACAAGUGCUCACACUGUGAAAAGAGAUUCACUUGGUCACAACACCUGAAAACACAUGAGAGAAUUCAUACUGGAGAAAAACCUUACAAGUGCUCACACUGUGAAAAGAGUUUCACUCAGUCACAAAACAUGAAAACACAAGAGGAAAUCCAUACUGGAGAAAAACCUUACAAGUGCUCACACUGUGAAAAGAGUUUCACUCAGUCACAACAUCUGAAAACACAUGAUAGAAUUCAUACUGGAGAAAAACCUUGCAAAUGCUCACACUGUGGAAAGAGUUUCACUCAGUCACAAGACCUGAAAACACAUGAGAGAAUUCAUACUGGAGAAAAACCUUACAAGUGCUCACGCUGUGGAAAGAGUUUCACUCAGUCACAAGACCUGAAAACACAUGAGAGAAUUCAUAGAGAAAAACCUUACAAGUGCUCACGCUGUGGAAAGAGUUUCACUCAGUCAGAAAACCUAAAAGCACAUGAGAGAAUUCAUACUGGAGAAAAACCUUACAAGUGCUCACACUGUGAAAAGAGUUUCACUCAGUCACAUCACCUGAAAAAACACCAGAGAAUUCAUACUGGAGAAAAACGUUACAAGUGCUCAUGCUGUGGAAAGAGUUUCACUCAGUCACAAGACCUGAAAACACAUGAGAGAAUUCAUACUGGAGAAAAACCUUACAAGUGCUCACACUUUGGAAAGAGUUUCACUCGCUCUAGCCACAUGAAACAGCACCAAAGAAUUCAUGCUGGAGAAAAAACAUACAAGUGCUCACACUGUGAAAAGAGUUUCAGUCUUUCACAUAACCUGAAAACACAUGAGAGAAUCCAUACUGGAGAAAAACCUUACAAGUGCUCAGACUGUGGAAAGAGUUUCACUCAGUCACAAGACCUGAAAAAACAUGAGAGAAUCCAUACUGGAGAAAAACCUUACAAGUGCUCAGACUGUGGAAAAAGUUUCAAUCUGUCAGAAAACCUGAAAAAACACAAAAGAAUCCAUACUGGAGAAAAACCUUACAAAUGCUCACACUGUGAAAAGAGAUUCACACAGUCUCAAAACCUGAAAACACAUGAGAGAAUUCAUACUGGAGAAAAACCUUACAAGUGCUCACACUGUGAAAUGAGUUUCACUCAUUCACAAGACCUGAAAACACACAAAACAAUUCAUACUGGAGAAAAACCGUACAAGUGCUCACACUGCGGAAAGACUUUCAAUCUGUCACAUAACCUGAAAACACAUGAGAGAAUUCAUACUGGAGAAAAACCUUACAAGUGCUCACACUGUGGAAAGAGUUUCACUCUGUCACAAAACCUGAAAACACAUGAGAGAAUUCAUACUGGAGAAAAACCUUACAAGUGCUCACACUGUGAAAAGAGUUUCACUCAGUCACAAAACCUGAAAACACAUGAGAGAAUUCAUACUGGAGAAAAACCUUACAAGUGCUCACUGUAAAAAGAGUUUAAAUAUGUCGCAUAACCUGAAAACAUACAAGAAAAUCCAAACUGGAGAGAAAUCAUACAACUGCUCUUUAUGUGGAAAAUGUUGCAGGGCUGCAAGUAAUCUACAUAGACAUUUUAAAAAUAGAAUUGUCAAGUAGAGAAAAAAUCAUCUUCAGGUCUUACAGAUUAAGUAAUAGUUGGAAAGAUUAACCCAAAGAUGUAAUUUUUCCAAAUUGAGUUGCAUCCUCUAAGAAA